AUGUUCAAUCGAUUUAUUUCAACAAACUUUUUUUCGGUACCAGGAACAGCAAAAAAUAAUAAUGAAAAUUCAUUAAUUUCUACGGGUGGUACAAAUAUGUUUUUAUACGACAAGUACAAUAUAGAACAAGUAAAAAUUCAAAAUGGUGUACCAAAUCGAUCUCAUAAUAUUACUAAGACUAGUUGUCCGAUAAAUAAGAGAAUUCCAUCAAAAAAGUUAUGUUAUUCAGAUCAUGCUCGAUUUUUUACAAAAAAUAUGAUAGAAUCUUAUGGAAAAACUAUGAGAAAUGAAAUAUCAGAUAAUGAAUGCGUUAAUAAUAUAUGUAAUUUUAAUCAUAAUUUUUUUCAAACUACUUAUCCAGAUAAUCAAUCAUAUGAAGGUUCAGAAUCAUAUUUUAAUGAAUUAGUGUGUAAUAAUUAUUCGAAAAGUAUUAAAAAUGAAUUAAGCGAAAAUAAUGUAUUAGAAAUAACCAAAAACAGUAGUCCAUUAUAUGUCUAUAACAAAAGUGCACAACGUAAUAAUCGAAGACGACAGGAACGUGCUUUACGAAAAGGCAUGCAUACAACUAAUUGCAAAGCAUCAUCAACAACUGACCUUUAUAAAAAUAAAAGUUGA